ACAUUGGCGUGGAUUACGGUUGCCGCCACCAUACUCUCCCGGGUUCAGCCAGGUCAGAACCAUGGCACAAAUAUCCUCGGGUAAGUCUCAUAAUACAAAAUCUGUGACGCCGCAAGCAGUCCUUUUUGCGCACGAGCCACACGCUGGAGUAGCAAGGACGUAACCGAGCCUCGGAAUGGGCUUCGCUGUCCCCGGGAACGAAGCAUCUACACAUAAUGCCAUGUCCAGCCGACGGGCCGGAGUGCGCCUUGCAACGUCUUUCAAUCUGGCGCCAGAUCCCGCGAGGUCGCCGCUGCCCGUUUGCGAGCCUCAUGCCCAAACGCGCCACAUUGGUGGGCGAUCUAUGUGGCGUAGACGGCGUCCAACGUCGAACGCCGCUUCGCGGGAUGGACAGGGCCAAUGGCUGCAGACAGGGAUAUCGCGAAUAUCAUAUGUGUUCAAACGUGCUCGCCCCUGCUCGGUGUCACCGCCUGUCGCCGCGAGCUUCUGCAAGCUUUCAUCUGCAUCUAUCGUGUGUCUUGACCGGGUGCCAUUUCCCGAUAUGGUGCGGCCGUGAUACCUUCGCAAGCCGUCCGGCCGUCCUGGUGUGUGACCCGCUCCAAGCGGACAAGGCGCGGUGGUAGCAGCGCACCGACGUCGAUGUGCUCGCGUUCAUGCUAUGCAGACAGCGAGCGUCGUGCUGUGUGCGCCAUGUGCUCUUGUCGGGUGUGCAGCACGGAAGCAAAUAGUGCGCGCUGAUUUCGCCUCGGCCAGUCUAUGACGCAGCCUCGGCGCCAGCUCGAGCACUGACAAUUUUGAUCGUACUGUCCGCGUCCCCCAACGGGCAUGCCCGCUCGUCUAGAUAGUGUCUUGCCCCACUCUUCUUAUGGAGGCCGACGUGUCUGCAUCAGCGCCCGCACCCAAAGUCGUUACGUCAUUGUGUUCGGGCUUUUAGUAGCCAAAAUAGAUUAAUACCAAUACCGAG